AUGAGAACGCUCCUGGAUGUGCUGGGGCUGGCCCUGGCCUGUGGCCUCGUUCAUGCCACCCUGUCCAAGUCGGACGCCAAGAAGGCUGCUUCAAAAACACUGCUGGAGAAGGUGGGGCCUGGUGUCCCUGGCCCGGGUUGGGGCCUCUGUCACCUGGGCACAGGUGACCUGUGCAUCCUCUGUCUCCAGACCCAGCUCGCAGACAGGCCUGUGCAGGAGCGGGGCCUGGUGGGAACGGACAUCCGUGCUGAGGACGUGGUUCUUGAGCACCGCAGCUACUGCUCCGCCAGAGCCCGGGAGAGGCACUUAGACGGGGCUGUCCUGGGCUACAUCACCCCGUGGAACAGCCACGGCUAUGACAUCGCUAAGACAUUUGGGAGCAAGUUCACGCACGUGUCCCCUGUCUGGUUGCAGCUGAAGAGGCGCGGCCGGGAGAUGUUUGAGGUUGCAGGCCUCCAUGACGUGGACCCAGGGUGGAUGCGAGCAGUCCGGAAGAAUGCCAAGGGCCUGCAUGUUGUGCCUCGGCUUCUCUUCGAGGACUGGACCUACAAUGAUUUCAGGAGCGUCUUGGACAGCGAGGACGAGAUCGAGGAGCUGAGCAGGACCCUGGUGCAAACGGCAAAGAGCCAGCACUUCGACGGCUUUGUGGUGGAGGUUUGGAGUCAGCUGUUGAGCCAGAAGCAGGCGGGGCUCGUCCACGUGCUCACCCACAUCGCUGAGGCUCUGCACCAGGCCCGGCUGCUGGCUCUGCUGGUCAUCCCGCCCUCAGUCACCCCUGGGACCCACCAGCUGGGCAUGUUCACACAGAAGGAGUUUGAGCAGCUGGCCCCAGUGCUGGACGGUUUCAGCCUCAUGACCUAUGACUACUCCACGGCGCAGCAGCCUGGCCCCAACGCACCUCUGUCCUGGGUCCGAGCCUGCGUCCAGGUCCUGGACCCCAAGGCCAGGUGGCGGAGUAAGAUUCUCCUGGGGUUGAAUUUCUACGGUAUGGACUAUGCGGCUGCCAAGGAUGCCCGCGAGCCCGUUGUCGGGACCAGGUACAUCCAGAUGCUGAAGGAGCACAGGCCACAGCUCGUGUGGGACAGCCAGGCCGCAGAGCACGCCUUUGAGUACAAGAAAAGCCGUGGCGGGAGACACGUUGUCUUCUACCCAACUCUGAAGUCCAUCCAGGUGCGGCUGGACCUUGCCCGGGAGCUGGGCGUUGGGGUCUCCAUCUGGGAACUGGGCCAGGGCCUGGACUACUUCUAUGACCUGCUGUGA